AUGUGGAUCAUGAAGCUGUGGAAUCUCGCGCGCAGCAUGGAUGCAACGGUGUCGCGCCACCUGGCGCAGAUCAUACGGCUGGCAGAGAGCGGCCCCAAGGUGGCCCAGAAGUACAUCUCCCGCCUCGCGCUCUUCCACGGCAGGAAGUUUGACCUGCGCCUCCUGCUGCUGCUUAAGCGCCUCAAGCCACUGGAGGCUUACCUCUCCGAUGUAUUCUGGGCUCGCAUCGCCAACAAGCCGUAUUCUCAAGCAGAGGACUCCCUGUCGGACUUCCAGACACACUUCACUGUCAUGCUUUCCUUUCCCAACUUCUUUUCUCUAUCCCAACUUCUUUUCCCCACCCACCUGGCCAUGAUAUCAUCUGUCCUACUUGCAUGCCUGCCGCUACAGUGA